CUGUCGAGAUUUGUUGGAAUUUUAUAUUAGUUUUUUCAUCUUCUUACACUUUUUGCCCAUUCUUUCAUCCUUCCUUUUCUUCCUUUUAUUCUUCCUAUCUUCACUCUUUUCUCUCUUCUCUCAGCUUUAUUCCUUCUAUUCUUCUCCUCCUUUAUCUCAAUCCUCAUCUCUUCCAUUCCUUUUCCUCUUAAUUGCUUAUCUUCAUUUAUUCCCUAUUUCUUCAUCUUUUUUAAACUUUACUUCUUCAUCUUUUCAUUUCUUCCUUUCUCCAUAUUUCUCCCCUUUUCUUCCCUCAUUUCUUUCCUUUACUUCCCCCCAAAACUCUUGAUCUUUCAUUAAAACGGCUGUCAACGGUUGUCACCAACAACUCACUUGACCUCUCAUCUUUUGGGUUUAUUCUCCUCCAGCCUUUUGUCCUCCUCCUUCUGCUUCUUCCUAGGCUUAAACAAUUCUCGGCAAAUUAGCAGUCCCUUUUUAAAUUGCAACUGACACUUAACCAGUUCUCGUUUUUAAACUAAUGCUUAAACUACCCCUUCCCUUCCCUUCCCUCCCCUUCCCCCCUCCCUUCCCUCCCUUUAUUUAUUCUUCCCAUUCUUCUCCCCUAUAUUUGUUAAUAAUUCAGCAAAUGUCCAUCACUUGGACAUUUAUAAAACUUUUUUUUAAACUUUUUUUAAAGAGCUUUUUCCAUUAA